AUGGUGCUACAUCGACUCUUUCCGGCCAUGUUCCCGGCCAAGGAUACCGAACCGGCCAAGUCACGAAAUGCAACGCUUUAUCUGCUGCGCUGCGUCUUCUUCAUGGGCAUACAGUCGCCGCCAAAGAACUUUUUCCUCGUCUACAUUCUGUGGUCAUUUGCCCUCAAUUUGUGCUCGACCUUUUAUCAACCCAUUGGCUUCAUAUCGGGCUUCAUCAGUCAUCUGUCGGAAUUCUCACCAGGUGAUUUUCUCACCUCCAUGCAGGUGACCUUCAACGCGUAUUCGUGCUCCACCAAAGUGAUCAUUGUCUGGCUGCUGCACAAACGCUUUGAGCAAGCCAACUUGAUACUGGAUCAGAUGGAUAAACGCUUAACACAACCGAGAGAAAGAAGCAAGGUUCACAGUGCCGUCUCAUUCAGCAAUCGGAUCUUCUUUGGCUUCAUGACCGUCUACAUGGUCUAUGCCACCAGCACCUUCAUUAGCGCCGUCUCCUUUGGCCGACCACCGUACCAGAAUUAUUAUCCGUUCCUCGACUGGCGUUCGAGUAAAUGGGAAUUUUGGCUGCAAGCUGGACUGGAGUAUUUUGCCAUGCUGGGCGCCUGUUUUCAGGAUGUUUGUGUCGACUGUUAUCCCAUCAACUUUAUUCUACCGUUGCGUGCACACAUGCGGAAUUUUGCGGAGCGUUUGAGGCAACUGGGACAGGAUCCCAAUGAAACACCGGAAGAGAGCCACGAGAAGCUCAUUGAGUGCAUACUGGAUCACAAGGUUAUACUGCGCUUUUGUGAUACACUGCGUCCUGUCAUCUCGGGCACCAUCUUUGUGCAGCUGCUUGUUGUGGGUUUAGUGCUGGGCUUCACCAUCAUUAACAUUGUGCUUUUUGCCAACUUUGCCUCUCGCAUAGCGGCACUUUCAUUCAUGACAGCUGUGCUGUUGGAGACUACGCCUUUCUGUAUACUCUGCAAUUAUCUGACCGAUGACUGCUUCGAUCUGGCGGAUGCCUUGUUUGAGUCAAAUUGGAUUGACAAGGAGCAACGCUAUAAGAAAACUCUGAUUCAGUUCUUGCAGAGCCUUCAGAAGCCAAUUGUUUUCAUGGCCGGAAAUGUUUUUACCAUUUCCGUUGCCACCAACAUUAGUGCCACCAAAUUUUCAUUUUCUGUUUUCACGCUGGUGAAACAAAUGAACAUUGCCGAAAAACUAUCCCAGCCAAGUGCAAUUGAAUAG